ACUAGACUUAUCUAAAAGUGUCACAUUAUAGCAGGAGCGUCGCCAAUUUACUGGCGUCCUGUUCCUGAUGCAAUAGAAAUCUGAGGAUCACAGACUCAAAUCAGAGUCCGAGAGUAACCAAGGAGCUAUAUUAUCAUUAUAUAUUUUAUCUUAUUUUAUGUUAUUUUUUAUUCUUACCAAAACCGGACUUUGGGGGUCAGUCAGCGGAGGAAAACAACGUUAUUUAGGUACACCAGAAGUGGGGGCAGCCAGCCGGGUGAUCUGAGUGUUUCCUGGCUUUGAUGCGACCCGAUUGUGCCUGGAGCAUGUCCACAGUGGGCCUGACUUCCCAGGAGAUCUCUUUUCCCAUAGUAAACCCCUUUCUCCGGGGCAGCUACUGUCACAGCAUGGCUGGAUCCAAGUCCUCCUGGAGCCAUCGCCAUGAGCUGGACAACACAUUGUACCUCAGCAUGGACACUGCACACACAGAUCACAGCUAUCGAGUCCAGCCAAAGGGGCCUCCUCCCAUUUAUGAGAGACAUAAACACAGUCCCAGCUCACAGAGAUUACCUCCAAAAAAAUCCCGACCCACCCAUCUCUCCCUGUCCUGCAGCGCUGAACCAUCCACCCCAAGUCCAGUUAACGAUGACCAGGGCCCCCCCAUUGGUAAUCUCUCAUUCUACGAGUGCAGCAGCCCACCACAGACACCAAGCAGAUGUUCCAAGCCUCUGCCCCCCACACCCCCACAAACAGACCUCUCCACUGAGCAGGCUAUAGACAAUGAGGUAGAAUUUUUUACAAUUUUGGACGACAGCCUCUGCCUGGUGUCUGAUGAGUGCUCCAAAUCGUCUCAUUUUACAUAUGGAGUACCAAGCCGACGAAGCUUCAGGGACUGUGGACAGAUUAACUAUGCUUACUAUGAUGGUCCUUUAGGACCACAAAGUCCACGGCAGCCCCAACCUCACCAUCAGGUACAUCCGCGGCAGGAGACACGGGAACAGUACGAGCAGCAGCGGCAGAAGCCACCUGAGCCAGCAGCCUGUCAGAGACAGCAGGACAAAGCUCAGAGGAAGCUACGGCGCUCUCACUCUGGCCCAGCAGGAUCUUUAAACAAGCCCUCACUGUUGCGCCUCAUGUGCCAAAAACGUUACACCAACAGCACGGAUAAGGCAGAGGUGCCACCCCCUAUCCCUCCACGUACAACCAGGACGGGGGACUACCGCCGCUGGUCAGCAGAGGUCUCGUCUGGGGCUUACAGCGAUGAGGACAAACCACCCAAGCUGCCCCCAAGGGACCCGUUGUCUAGAGGCAGCUCCCGUACCCCCAGCCCCAAGAGCCUCCCGACGUACAUUAACGGGGUGAUGCCUCCAACGCAAAGCUUUGCACCAGACCCCAAGUACGUCAGUUUACAAAGACAGAACAGUGAGGGCUCCCCCCGCAUCCUACCCGUUAUGGAGAAUGGCGAGAAGGCCAGCGCCACACAUUACUACCUUAUGCCUGCUUUUACAGACUCAUCUUGUGACUGCCACACCAAGAGGAGGGUGGAUUUAGUUUGAACACCGUCAAUGGAAGUAGUAGAGGACUCUACUGUACAUGAGCAAAAACCACUUGACAAAAUAGUGAAACUGGACGCUAACAACCCUCAAACUGCUGCUUUUUAACAUUUGUUUUUAACCCCUUAUGUAUUCUGAACACACAGGGUAUGUACGCACUGUAUACAGUUACUGGUAAUGUUGGAAUCGCUAUCACAACCAAGGUACUUUGUGUAAAAAGUGUAUUUGACUAAAGAUUGUGGGAGAAAUUGAACAUUAUAGAACAUAUUUUUGAUAUGAUUUUUAUUUCAUGACAUUCAAUAUUGUGCUGUUUGUCUGAUGAUGAUGUGGUAUAAUAUCAAAAGGUACAAGCGGGCCUUGGACCUCGUGCGCUCAGUGUUUUGUGUCUGGAAUUGUGUGGAUGUUUUGUGAGAUGCACCAGGGCUUUUUCUUUUAUCCGGCUUUUGUAUCUCACAAGGGACAAAAGGUCAGUAGUGUAACCAUGUUAUCACCUAAUAUAUAUGAAGUCUAAAUACAAGCCCGAUGAAUUUUUAACAAAAUGAAGGAUACUACCACACAUAUUUCCAUUCUGUUUGCUGUUGUAUACCUACACUGAUAUGGUUUCCCUGUCUUGAUGUAGUUUCAGCUUAGACUGACUACAUCAGUGUAAAUUUGUGUUUUUUUCCCCCAUGUGGCACAUUGUCAUGGUACAUUUUGUACUAAGAGGUGGGUACAUUACUGGUAGCUAUGCAUGUUUCCUUUGGAAGGUCUAGUGCAGCUUAUAUGGUGUAGUUGUUGAGUGUAUUUGUGUGUAUGUAUGUGCGGUGACGUGUUUGUGCAUAUGUGCAUGUGAACAGCAGCUGGAAAAGUGUUCUGGUGAUACAACAUAGAAUGACUUUCUACAAUCAGUAGACAAUUGUCAACCACGCUUGUUACUGCGCGCUGCUUGCUGGCAGCGUCUGCUUUUGAGAACGGCCCUCUAAGAAGUGCACACAUUUGAUUUCUUUCAGUGUCUGUUUUUGUUGCAUAGAAAGUGAAUGUAUGCUAUUCUUCUUGAAAUUCUGUCAAACAGUUAGAGGAGCUUAUUUUUGGUCAAGCUGUGAGCCAUUGCUUGGAACAAAUUUGCCUCAAGUACUACCUCGCUUUGAUGUAAAUCCUAUAUUUCACACAAACUCCCUGCUAAAAUUAUGUCCAAUGGUCAAAUUUGAAAUGCUAAUCUGGAAAAGAUGAGGUAACCAGCUCCAUAUGUGACCGGACUCAAAUUUCAAUUCAUUUACACUUCGGCUAACACAAAGUGAAUUCGAACCGGAUGUCCUUAAAAAGAGAUUUUAGAUCACGCAGAAUUUAGAUCACCGAUGUUAGGCAAACCUGUUAAUACAGACGCAUUACAAAGACAGUGAAGGGUUUACCUGCCUGACACAGACUUUCCUGUUCUGCACAUGCAUUCCUGCCUUACAUGAUUGCAGUGGGUGUGGUCUGAAAGACUUUGCCUGCUGGCAGCCUAGAAAAUAUAUGAAUUGUAUUCUUGUAGAUUAUACACGAAGCGUCCGGAUGAUAUAGGAAAUGUAGCACAUGUAUUGAAGUAACCCUUGCUUUCAAACACGGUGUUCAAUUUGGGAAACAUAACUGCUAAGGUCAAUCGGUCAUUGAAGUAUACUCUUCCUCUCCCUCUUGCUCACAAACCUUGCCAACACAAUGUUGCUUUUGACUUAAAUGUUUGAAAAAUGUUUACAUCCUACACUAAUACUAUUUAAUCUUAAGGUAUUCAUAUGUCUUAGAGAUAAUAAAACCGAAUGAAGACUCAAGAAAUAAAUUCUCUGCUGUGGUGAAGACAUGCACUGGGAAAACUCAGUAUGCUGUGUACAGUAUUUAACUAUUCCAUGUUGUUAUGAAUAGUUGAUAAGUAUAUAGUCUAUAAAAGGAAAGCAACAAUAAAAUGACUUAUUUAUGAA